AAGAAACAAAUUAAUACAUAUGACCUGAAAAAAUUUACGGUGACCUCAAUGAAGCUAUGAGAGAACGGAAAGUAACAGGAUUUAGCGACAUAUUAGCGACCACUAAAACGGGAAGACAACUGGUUUUGUUGAGUACCAAAGAAAGUUAUUCCCGCGUUUAUGGCACCCACGAGUUUCAUGAAAAGAAGACGUUUCCAAAAACAGACAAUGUCACGUCCUGUAUGUCAUGUAUGGAAAUUUAAUAACCUCAUUUCAAAAAUUAAUCAAUCUGUGUUAAGUUCUUUCCACGCCUAUCAACAUCACCAGCAUGCCGACAUCCGGAAUCUGAUAUCUGUGGUGUGUACCUCUUUGUCUUGCAAGUUCCUCGAUGAUUUGAGAUCUUCCGCAAAUAGUGAAGUGGCCUCCUACACCAUGUUCUUUCUCAUGCAAAUGCAGGAAACCAAACACUCACCCACCAUCACCAACUGCUUACAGAUAUAUCGCUUAAAACCACCAUCACCAACUGCUUACAGAUAUAUCGCUUAAAACCAUAGAAAAUCGUUUUCUGUUAGCCUGUUAUGAUUAAGUAUCAUACUGUACACAUGCUGUCUUUCACUCUGCUCGGUUACCAUGAGGUGAAUUGUCUAAUUUCCUAUGAUAAGUAGCAGUCAUUUGACGUCUUGUCAGACGAUGUAGAUCAGUGGUAUGUAUGACAAAACCACAAUGGGACAAAAAGAGGUUGUUGCACGAAUUCUUUCACGGAGCUGUGUCACGUCUGCGAAAAAUGUCUUACACCGGAGUGAAACUGUUAAAUCAUACUCUUUGAAAGAGGAUAAACACCCAAGAGGAAACCACGAAAAGGAUUACGAACACAUGUUGAUGCGAGACCUUUUCAGAGACUACAACAUGGACUCCCGCCCUGUAUUCAACAAAAGCACAGCAGUGAAUGUGGAGUUAGACGUGGCUUUUAGCCAGCUUGUCGAGUUGGACGGCAAGGAUCAAAUAUUAUCAAGCAAGAUAUGGAUUCGCCAGAAAUGGAAUAAUCCUUUCCUUGCAUGGAAGCCAGACAAAUACAAUAACAUUAGUGUUAUCAACGUAGAUCCAAAGUUGGUUUGGAAGCCAGAUCUCGUCUUAUACAACAACAUUGGUAUUGGCCAGACGGGAGCGAUAUACAACUUUGACACAAAAGUGGUCAUAUACAGCGACGGAACUCACUAUUGGUAUGCCCCAACUGAGAUCAAAAGCAUCUGUAAAAUCGACAUCACCUACUUUCCAUUUGACGAGCAAAUAUGUCCACUCACCUUUGGUUCCUGGACCUACACAGGAGUUCAUUUGAAUCUGACGAAUAAAGCGCCAACAGCAGAUCUGAGCAAGUACACGAUCAGCGGCGAAUGGGAAUUAGUCGCCAUGCCAUCAAAACGCAACGUUGUUAAGUACAGUUGCUGCCCAGACCCCUAUAUUGACGUUACGUACAAAGUUCACGUUCGUCGCAAGGUGCUCUUCUACCUGACUAAUCUGAUCUUACCUUGUGUUGUACUUGCAGUGCUAACAGUGUUUUCGUUUAGUCUGCCACCCGAGUCAGGCGAGAGGAUUUCUCUUGUCAUAACUAUUCUACUGGGUCUUACAGUGUUCAUGUUGGUGUUCACAGAGAACGUUCCCCGCACUUCAGAGGUGAUUCCGCUGAUUGUGAAGUACGCAUUCACAGUCAUGUGCGAGGUUUCAUUCGCCCUGUUAAUCACGUGUUUCAUCGUUAGGAUUUACCACAAAGAUCCUGGCAAACCCAUGCCGGCAUUCUAUCGUUAUAUCACGUACAAGUUGCUAGCACCAGUCCUCAGAAUGCAGCCUGUUCCGGCAGGGCAUCAUGAUAGACGACACUGCAAGGAGCAUCUCGAGAGGACGAAGCACAGCCACUUUCGUCACCGCAAACCUCGCGCAUACAUCAGCAAACUGUUCGGCAACUACCCCAAAGAGACCAGCUGUCGAUUGGAGUUAGAUAAGCAUGGGGACGACAUCACUGACGUAAGCUCGGGGACUUCGAGGCAGUCAGACCCAAUGAAAUGUCCUUCGUUAGAUAAACUAGAAGACAUAACAUUUGGUUUGCACGCCAUCAUCGAUCACUUAAAAGACAUUAAGGCCAACGAGUUUAACAAGAAUGACUGGCAUUUCGCAGCAAGAGUGCUGGACACUUUCUUCUUUUGGCUCUUAUUAAUAGCAUUUGUAAUAUCGACAACUUUGUUUUACUUCUCAAUUCCAUGAUCCUAGUGCUUCGAUGCUGGUAAUUGAACGUAGUUAGCAAACCACAGUAAAUGGUUGCAAACGGAUCCAUAGAUGAUUGCGAGCUUCGUAGGGUUCAGUUGAUUUGAAUAAGUCAGAGUGGUGGAUAGAUCUUCAAGAAUAGGCACUGAUAUCAGUAAGAACGUGAAUAGCCUAUAGCCUCAAAGAAAGGGCACUAUCGGCAGCGUGGGAAAGUCUGUACACUUUUCCACGUACAAGAUCAAAAUAUCACAUCUCAGUGUCAUGUGCCAUGACUUUUUCACUCUAAGAAGUUGGCGCUGAAAGCUUUGGCGUUAAAACUGUUAUCACCUUUCCACCUGAAAAUGUUGUGAUAUUUCAAAUGGAAAGUCCUCUCUGGUCACUCCUGGCAGUGAAAGUCUUUAAAGGAGCAAUGUUGCUAUAUUUUGACCUAUUUCGUGGCGUUGUGCAAAACUUCUUUUUUUUUCAAGGUAAUUACAGAAAGGUAUAACAAAAAUUGAAGAAAUAGAGUUCCAACGGGGCACAAGAAUGGCAAAGAUUAAAACAGAUUGCUCAGAACAAAAUUGAAAAAUUUAGGCGAAACACAAAAUGUGAUUUCGCUCCCUUGAUAAAACGAGGAAGAGUUAAUAAUUGAGUGGCAUCUUUAGAAGCCAUGUGCAGCCUCAUAAACACGACUUAGGCUAAACCUUCAAAUUUACCACUAGUAGGACAAUGUAGAUAAGGUACAUUGUAAUUGAGCGCUUAAUGUUGAAAGGCUUAGUAUAGUAUAUAGAAACUAAUAAU